AUGAGGAAGGACGAGAGGAACCAGGCUCUCGGUACCAACGUUGAGGUCAUUCAACGAUGGACAGAUGUCUAUUUGAAAUGGGACCCUACGGAUUACGGUGGAAUCGAGCAGAUCGCGGUACCCUACUCAUCCAUCUGGACGCCGGACAUCAUCCUCUUGAAUAGUGCAUCGACGAACUACGCAGAACGGUUGCUGACGACGAACGCGAUCGUGAGCUCGACGGGCGAGGUGAUUCUGCUCACUGAUGCAAACUUCCGCUCUACUUGCGACGUGGACGUCUCCUACUUCCCAUUCGACACCCAAAAUUGCAAGCUGUGUUUCAGGUCCUGGUCCCAGGACGUAGCCAUGAAUGCGGAGUUCACAUUAGAAUCUUACGAGGCAGAGGAGAGGUUGGAACUGGAUCCGUGUUGUCCGAAUCCCUUCUCUGCAGUGCACUAUGCCAUUCGGAUCAAGCGACGUGCAUCAUUCUUCGUCGUUAGCUAUGUCUUCCCCAUGGUCAUCAUCAACUUCCUUGCCCUUCUGGUGUUCCUGAUGCCGAAUGAGAGCGGGGAGAAGGUGACGCUGGGAAUCUCCGCCAUGCUCACGACCAUCGUUUUCCUCAUGUCCAUCCGCGAUGUCCUUUCGCACUCCGAAAACAUCUCUCUCCUAGGGAAAUACUGCUGUGCAAGCUUGAGCCUUAUAACAAUAGAAGUGGCGUUGAGUAUCUUCACCCUAUACCUUCAUCACCUGAAGGACAUCCGGGUAUCCCAUUGGAUCCAGAACGUGUGUCGGUUGUUGGCCAAACUGACGUGCAUGAAGGAGCCAAAUUUCCGCACCGUGUGUUUCUCUGUCCAUCUCAUCCAAUGGGAGGUUCCCGCGUGCACAUUUGUCACGAUGCAUUCGCAGGUCAUGGUGGGAGAGUGUGAGAAUGAGAAAGGAGCGAUGGGAUUUGCCGAUGGGAUACCAGUUCCCUCUCUCUUCGGCGGAAAGAACGAGUCGAGUGGACCCCAUGCUUGGGAGGGCCCAGUCGAACUCAUUAGCAAUGAACCGAUAACUGAGCGGAAUUUUCUCCUUAUGGUUCUGGCCCAAUAA